UUAUUGCGUUAUCGUCUAUGUGAAUAUGUCAAUGUAUCGACUGGACAAAUAUUGACAGUGUAAUAAUUGAGAGAUUGUGUAGAUUAUCUUUGUUUCUUGAAUUGAGAUAUGCAAUUGGUUUGAUUCUCAGAAAUAGUGACUCAAAAAUGUUGGUGACUAAGAUAUAUUUCUAAAUACCAUAAGCCCGAAAAGAACAACUUGAUAUUUCUGCAACCAUCUGAAUAGAAAGAGAACAUAUGUCAUCCAGGAUGGAUGAAAACACAUCUACAAGAACAUCACUUUUCGCCGAUAAUUCCUCAACUGCUUCGUCGAUUAUUCAAGCAAUCAUUCCGCCAGCUGAUCAAAUUUUUCUUCAAACAAAAUCGUGUCAAACUAUUUCUGGAUUAUUUGUGUUUGCAGCUCUAUUUUUAACUUGUUCUCAGAUUUAUCAUCACCUGAGAUGGUACACGAAUCCAACAGAACAACGCUGGAUUGUGAGGAUCCUAUUUAUUGUACCAAUUUAUGCUGUUCAUUCUUGGAUAAGCCUUUUAUUCUUUAACAGCGACAAUUACUAUGUGUACUUCUUCACAGUUCGUGACUGUUAUGAAGCAUUUGUGAUCUACAAUUUUUUGUCUCUUUGCUAUGAGUACCUUGGAGGAGAAGGAAACAUAAUGUUAGAAAUCAGAGAUAAACCCAUCAAAUCUACAUGUUUGAAUCCGUUCUGGAGUGGAAAAACAUACACAAUUGGAUUUUUGAGAUUUUGUAAGCAAGCUACUCUACAGUUUUGUAUUGUAAAACCUCUCAUGGCAUUCGUGAUCAUUUUCCUGCAAUCUUUUGGCCAUUAUCGUGAUGGUGACUGGAGUCCUGAUGGCGGUUAUAUAUACAUCACAAUCAUAUACAAUAUAUCUGUGUCGCUUGCAUUGUAUGGGCUCUUUUCCUUCUAUUUUGCUACACGUGAUUUAUUGACACCAUUUGAACCUGUACUAAAGUUUACCACUGUUAAAUCUGUUAUCUUCUUAUCCUUCUGGCAAGGAGUAGGCCUCGCUAUUUUAGAGAAAGCAAAUGUUAUCUCGCCAGUUAUAAAUAAUAAUGUAACUAGUACCGUUGGCACAGUGUCUGCUGGAUACCAAAAUUUUCUGAUAUGUAUAGAAAUGUUUUUCGCCGCCAUAGCCUUGAGGUACGCUUUUCCAUAUAGAAAAUAUGCUCAAGGUUGUUUAACCGACUCGAGAGGAAGGUCUGUGACAAUGCAGAGUAUUUCAAGCAGUCUCAAGGAAACAAUGAACCCAAGAGAUAUUAUGACUGAUGCUAUUCAUAAUUUCCAUCCACAGUAUCAACAGUAUACCCAGUAUAGUUCUAAAGUCCCUUCACGACAGCCUUAUGAGAGUUUAUGAUAUACACAAUACAGCGAUGACUAAAUCGCUGAUGGCCGUUUUAGCUGCAUUCCUCCAUUCUCAACUGUUUCUGAAUCUACCAGCAGAAUUGCAUGGUGGAUUCUUGUUAUGAGAUAAAUGUACUAUUCUGAUUGUAGUGUUUUUGAAUGUUACUUAUUUUUUUUACUCAUGUUAUAUAAUUAAUUUUAAAUAUUCACCUAUAAUCAAUAAACAUGUUCGAUAAGACUAAGUUCCUUUCUUUGAAUAUAAUUGAAUGGGUGAUUUUUAUUUAUUUAUUUAUUACAUGGAUUGAAGCCUAUUAUAAAAAAAGUUUAUAUUUGCUCUUCACUAAUCGAUUACCAAAUGUAUAGAAUAGUUAUUAGUGCUAUACUUGUAAAUUCAUAUAUUAGAAAAAUAAAAAUAAUGUCACACAA